AUUGAAUCAAACAUGUCCCGUUUCGGAAACAUUUCGGACACGAAAUUCCAUUUUUUCAAUAAGAAUAAUAACACCAUUUCACCGUAUUUGUAUUCAAGUGUCCUGUUGCUACUUAGUUUGUGGGAGCUGUCUGUUUAUUCCAUUACUAAUGGCUGCUAUGAAAAUUGUUAAAUUUACCAUGUUGGAGAAUCUGAAAUGGGCUCAUUUGUUUUUUGUAAUUCAAUCUUUGGUGCUGAUAAAAGAUGGGUUUGGAGCCGUUGGAUUGGUAUUGCAGACCAGUGGCAAAUGGGGUUUGGUCAAGAGAAGUGGAUAGUGCAUUUGGGGCAUAUAGCCCUUGUGCCAUUGAUUCUCUAGUGAUUUGCAUUUGCCAUUUGGUGCUUAUGGGGUUAUGCGUAUACCGAAUAUGGCUAACCACGAAGAAUUCGAAAGCCGAAAAAUAUUGUCUCAGGACAAAGUAUUAUAAUUGUAUGUUGGGUUUAUUGGCUGGUUGUUGUGCAGCUGAGCCAUUGUUUAGGUUGGUGAUGGGUAUCUCUAUUUUUAACCUGGAUGGACAGAGUAGUCUUGCUCCCUUUGAGAUGGUUUCUUUGAUCAUUGAGACCCUUGCCUGGUGUUCUAUGCUCGUUAUGAUUGGUUUAGAAACGAAAGUGUAUAUCCGACAGUUUCGGUGGUAUGUCCGGUUUGGAGUUGUUUAUGUGCUGGUGGGGGAAGCUGCUAUGGUUAAUACCAUUCUUCCUAUGACUGAUUACUACAAUAGAUUUCCGUUGUACACAUUCAUCGGUGCUUUUGGCUGCCAGAUUUUGUUUGCUCUUCUUCUUCUCAUUUACAUUCCCAAUUUGGACCCUUAUCCGGGUUAUACAAUCUUGCAACCCGAGUCUUUUGAAAAUGGUGAAUAUGAAGCACUUCCUGGAGAAGAUCAAAUAUGUCCUGAGAAGCAUGUUGGCUUGUUUUCCAAAAUAUAUUUUGGAUGGGUGACUCCACUCAUGCAGCAAGGCUACAAAAAACCAAUCACUGAAAGGGACGUUUGGAAGUUAGACACAUGGGAUCAGACUGAGAUACUGAUUAAAAGGUUCCAGAAAUGUUGGGCUGCAGAAUCUCAAAGGACAAACCCGUGGCUUUUAAGGGCACUUAAUAAUAGCUUUGGAAGGAGGUUUUGGUUAGGAGGUAUCUUUAAGGUUGGCAAUGAUCUUUCUCAGUUUGUGGGGCCUGUUUUGCUGAACCAUCUCUUACAGUCAAUGCAAAAUGGUGAUCCUGCAUGGGUUGGCUAUGUCUAUGCUUUCUCAAUUUUUGUUGGGGUGUCUCUAGGUGUGCUAUGUGAAGCUCAGUACUUUCAGAAUGUUAUGCGCACCGGGUUUCGGCUGAGAUCAACUUUGGUGGCUGCCAUAUUUCGUAAGUCAUUGAGACUCACUCAUGAGAGCCGAAAGAACUUUCCAUCUGGCAAGAUAACAAAUAUGAUUACUACUGAUGCCAAUUCACUUCAGCAAAUAUGCCAACAACUACAUGGAUUAUGGUCAGCUCCAUUUCGCAUCAUAAUCUCUAUGGUUCUUCUCUAUCAGCAACUAGGUGUUUCUUCACUUCUUGGAUCAUUAAUGUUAGUUCUCAUGGUUCCGAUACAGACAGUUGUAAUAAGCAAAAUGAGAAAGCUAACUAAAGAAGGAUUGCAGAGAACUGAUAAGAGAGUCAGUCUCAUGAAUGAAAUUUUGGCUGCGAUGGACACUGUGAAAUGUUAUGCAUGGGAGAAGAGCUUUCAGUCUAAAGUUCAAAAUAUACGGAAUGAUGAGCUGUCGUGGUUCCGUAAUGCUCAGUUAUUAUCUGCUUUCAACAGUUUCAUACUGAACAGCAUACCAGUUGUUGUGACAUUGGUUUCAUUUGGGGCAUUCACUUUGCUUGGUGGAGAUUUGACACCUGCAAGGGCAUUCACAUCACUCUCUUUGUUUCAAGUGCUACGAUUUCCUCUAAACAUGCUUCCCAACUUGUUAAGUCAGGUAGUAAAUGCAAAUGUAUCAUUACAACGACUAGAGGAACUUUUUUUAGCUGACGAAAGAAUUCUAGCACCAAAUCCACCUAUAGAGCCUGGACUUCCAGCCAUCUCAAUCAGGGAUGGAUAUUUCUCAUGGGAUUCAAAGGCUGACAAGCCUACAUUGUCCGAUAUUAAUUUAGACAUACCAGUUGGCAGCUUAGUUGCAAUUGUUGGUGGUACUGGCGAAGGAAAGACGUCUCUGAUAUCAGCAAUGCUCGGAGAGGUCCCUCCAGUGGGAAAUACUGGUGUUAUUAUCAGAGGAACAGUUGCUUACGUUCCUCAAAUUUCAUGGAUCUUCAAUGCAACUCUGCGCGACAAUAUAUUAUUUGGCUCCAAAUUUGAAUCCUCUAGAUAUUGGCAAACUAUUGACGUAACAGCUUUACACCACGAUCUUGACUUGCUUCCAGGCCGAGACCUGACGGAGAUAGGUGAAAGAGGUGUGAAUAUUAGCGGUGGGCAAAAGCAAAGAGUUUCCAUGGCUAGGGCUGUAUAUUCCAAUGCAGAUGUAUACAUAUUCGAUGAUCCUUUAAGUGCUCUAGAUGCUCAUGUUGGUCGGCAGGUUUUUAACAGCUGUAUCAAGGAAGCAUUGCGAGGAAAAACCAGAGUUCUUGUCACGAACCAGCUACAUUUUCUACCACAGGUAGACAGGAUAAUUCUGGUUAGUGAAGGAACAAUUAAGGAGGAAGGAACCUUCGAAGAGCUUUCUAAGAGCGGCAAGCUGUUCCAGAAACUGAUGGAAAAUGCUGGAAAAAUGGAGGAGAUGAAAGAACUAAAAGAAGAAAACGAGGACAGUGAAAAUGUUGACAACGAAAGCUCAAAACAAGCAGCUAAUGAACUGAACGAAUUGGUGCAAAAUGUAGGUCAGAUAAAGAAACGAAAAGGAAGGAAGUCUAUACUUGUGAAGCAAGAAGAAAGAGAAACGGGUAUUGUCAGUUGGAAGGUUUUGAUGAGAUAUAAGAAUGCAUUAGGAGGAACAAUUGUUGUUAUGGUACUGUUUGCCUUCUAUAUUAUGACGGAAGUUCUUCGAGUUUCAAGUAGUACAUGGUUAAGCUUUUGGACAAAACAAAGCACUUCAGAAGGUUACAGGCCUGGGUACUACAUUUUUGUUUAUGCACUUCUAUCACUUGGACAGGUAACAGUGACGUUGUCAAACUCUUAUUGGUUGAUCAGUUCCAGUCUUCGAGCAGCUAGAAAACUGCAUGAUGCUAUGCUAAAUUCAAUACUACGAGCUCCUAUGCUAUUUUUCCACACUAACCCUACAGGAAGAGUAAUCAAUAGGUUUGCAAAGGAUCUUGGCGAAAUUGAUCGCAAUGUUGCCAAUUUGGCAAAUGGAUUUCUGAGCCAAGUUUUCCAGCUUCUUUCGACAUUUGCACUAAUCGGCAUUGUGAGCACGAUAUCCUUGUGGGCCAUAAUGCCACUUCUGAUCUUAUUUUAUGCGGCCUAUCUAUACUACCAGAGCACUUCCCGUGAAGUAAAACGCCUAGAUUCCAUCACCAGAUCACCGGUGUAUGCACAGUUUGGAGAAGCACUAAAUGGCUUAUCAAGCAUUCGUGCAUACAAAGCAUAUGAUCGGAUGGCCAACAUUAGUGGGAAGUCUAUGGACAAUAACAUCAGAUUCACCCUUGUGAAUAUUAGUUCAAAUCGCUGGCUCACCAUAAGAUUAGAAACAUUAGGAGGGAUCAUGAUUUGGUUGACUGCAACCUUUGCAGUCUUGCAGAAUAGCAGAACCGAGAAUCAGGUCGCAUAUGCAUCUACAAUGGGUCUGCUUCUCACUUAUACAUUAAACAUCACAAAUCUAUUGGGUAACGUUUUGAGACAAGCAAGUAGAGCAGAAAAUAGUUUCAAUGCCGUUGAGCGUGCUGGCACAUAUAUAGAUAUGCCUUCUGAAGCUCCGGUUGUAAUUGAAAGCAAUCGCCCUCCACCAGCAUGGCCUUCUUCAGGAUCGAUUAUCUUUAGGGAUGUCGUAUUACGUUAUAGACCUGAACUACCUCCUGUCUUGCAUGGAUUGUCCUUCUCAGUUUCACCAAGUGAGAAGCUAGGAAUUGCUGGGAGAACUGGAGCAGGAAAAUCUAGCAUGAUAAAUGCCUUGUUCCGAAUUGUAGAGCUGGAAAGAGGAGGUGUCAUCAUCGAUGGUUGUGAUGUUUCUAAGUUUGGACUGACAGAUUUGAGAAAAAAUCUCAGUAUCAUACCACAAGCACCUGUUCUUUUCUCAGGAACUGUGCGGUUCAAUCUCGAUCCAUUUAGUGAGCACAAUGAUGCAGACCUUUGGGAGGCCCUAGAGAGGGCACAUCUGAAGGAAGUCAUCAGGAAGAAUGCUUUUGGUUUAGAAGCUGAGGUUCUGGAAGGAGGAGAAAAUUUCAGUGUUGGGCAGAGGCAAUUACUAAGUCUUGCUCGAGCAUUGCUAAGAAGAUCGAAGAUUCUUGUUCUUGACGAAGCGACUGCUGCUGUUGAUGUCAGAACUGAUGCGCUUAUUCAGAAAACUAUUCGCGAAGAAUUUAAAUCCUGCACAAUGCUUGUUAUUGCUCACAGACUAAACACCAUCAUUGACUGUGACAGAAUUCUUGUUCUCGAUGCUGGUCGGGUCUUAGAACAUGCUACUCCGGAUGAGCUUCUGUCCAACGAAGGAAGCGCAUUCUCUAAAAUGGUUCAAAGUACAGGACCUGCAAAUGCUCAGUAUUUACGUAACAUAGUAUACGAAGCGAAAGAAAACAAAUUCAAUAAAGAAGAAUCCAAGAAAAUAGAUAGCCAUAGGAGAUGGAUAGCCUCUUCAAGAUGGGCUGCUGCUGCUCAGUUUGCUCUUGCUGUCAGCCUCACUUCUUCACAUAAUGAUCUUCAAAUGUUAGAUAUCGGAGAUGCGAACAAUAUAAUCAACAAAACGAAAGAUGCAGUCGUAACGUUGAAGGAUGUCCUAGCCGGUAAACACGAUGAAGAAAUAGAAGAAACGCUGGAACUUCACCAAGUUUCCAGAGAAGGAUGGCGGUUUUCCCUCUACAGAAUAGUUGAAGGUCUUGGUAUGAUGAGCAGGUUGGCUUAUAAUAGGCUUCAACAAUUAGAAUACAACCAUGAUUUUACCAAUGAAUCUGUUGAUUGGGAUAAUCUUGAAAUUUAACAUUGAAAAUUCAGUAACUGUAAUUGGCAAGAAUCUGGCUCUUUUAAUAGAAAAAAGAAAUUUUGUAUCAAAUGCAGGUAACAUAUGUACUCUAUGUAAUCCGAGAAGCGCUAAGUUGGCUCAAGGGUUGUAGUAAUAUUAUUAUUGAGUCGGAUGCAAUGGAGGUAAUUUUGGAGAUUAGAAAUCCGAGUCUUGUGGAGUCGGAUGUUUUAAUAGGUGAUUGUUUGAGUCUUGAAAAGCAGUUAUGUAAUGUUAUUUUUCUUUUCGUGAGACGAUCUGCGAAUCAGGCAGCGCAUAUUCUUGCGCAAAAAGCCCGUUCCAUGUCAGGUCAUCAGGAGUGGUUCUGUCACUUUCCUGAAUAUCUCACAAAUAUAACUGCUUUGGAUUAUUAAUAAAUUCCAUUAUUGAUCAAAAAAAAAGGUACUCUAUGUAAUCUUAAUGAAAAUCAUUGAUUGUAAAAGUAACACUUCUUCUGA